UUUUUUUUUAAAGAUAAUACUAUGUCCUUACACAGAGGAAGUGCAAGGUGGUUCUUUAACAUUCUUUAUAGUGGACCAGUUCCAUUCAUGAGGAUGAAUCUAGCCACCCCUUUAAAAGCUUUACCUCCUAAACCACUGCCUUGAGCAUUCAGAUUUCACAUAGGAAUUUCAGGAUAGAGCACAGUUUUGGAAUGAAUAUUAGAUGGAAAAGAAACAUUCAGACAGCAGUAUGAGGCAGAUGGAGAAGUAAAGAAGGCAUUGUAAUGGUGCAAACAGGUUGAACAAAAUCUUGAGAUGGGAUUUGUAACAAUGUGUGAAGGAGAGUGCCAGCCAAAGCUUUUUCACGAGUUCCUAUUUUCUUUCUGAGAAAAGUAAUUUUCCCCUCUUUGACUGUCAUCGAGCUUACAGCAAAUUUGUGUUACAGCUAUAGCACUUUCUCAUGUGGUUGGUUUCACCUCUGACUUCUGGGUUUUGGCCCGGAUUUGGAAGGAUUUGUAUUUUAUACCUAAGGGAUACAUUUGUGUUUAAAUUAUGUAAAAUGAUUCAUUUGCUGUAAUAAGAGUACAAAUAAAUAUUCUCUUUCACAAAAAUGUACAUCUUGAAAAGUGGCCAUUGGAUUUUUAAUUUGUAUUGGUAUCGGCUCCUUUGAUACAAAAUUUUAGCUCCUUUGAUAUGAAAUUUUAAAAUGCUAGAAAAUAGCAAUGAGUCCUUGUUUCAAAACCCAGACUUUAACAUAUGUAACAUUUUGCUUUAAUUAUUUUAGGUCUUGAUUUUUGAGAGGAAAUUCCAACAAAUAUGUAAAGCUUAGUGCACCUUUGGAUGACCUUUCAGAACCAGGGGAACUGAUUUGUUAUCCUUUACUUAAGAUACUCUCCUUGUUCUUCCAAAGAAUGAAAUCCAAUAGCUUUUCCUUGCUUUUGUCCUUGUUUGCCAGGCUAAGAGAAUAUGUCCCAUACUUUACUUUGCUAUGAUCUAUUUCCAUCAUACUAUUUUUUUUUUUUUUACCUGAAGUACUCCCCCUGGAUAAUUUAGACCUAAGUGCCUUAUUUCUGUGACCAUUGUGUUUCCUUUCAAUCAGAAAUUUUGGGGUUGAGGCCCCAGGGUUAGUGUUUCACCAGGUCUGCCUGGGGAUUUCGAUGGGCCAUGACUGCAGCCCAGGUGCAUCAGAAUUAGAAUUACAGAGAAGGCUUGUUAAGGUGUAAAUAAUUGGGGCCUGAGAGUUUGCAUUUCUAAUAAUUUCAGAGGUGAUGUUGGUUGGCCAGAGAACUAUUUGGGAGUGUUACAGAAUCUGUUGACCUUUAUUCUUUAGGAGGUAAGGAGAGGUUUUUGAGCAGGACGGUGACAUAACUUACAAAUAUAUAUUUCCAAUGGUUCACUGUGGCGAUUGUGUUGAUAAAUGGGCAGAAGUGGCAAGAUUGGGAAUGGGAGACCAGGUAGGAAGCUGUUGGAAGAAUUGGGAAAGAAAUUCGGGGAGUACAUGUGAUGUUUUAUGUAUUCAUUCUUUUGCCAGGGCUUUGUUAAAUAGCUACUGUGUGUGACACAUUGUUGCAGGUGCUUUGUGAACAAAAUAGAAAAGUCUUUGUAAGGAAUAUAUAGUCUAAUUGGGGACUAGAGACAAUAAAUAUGAUAAAUAAAAGAGUGUUGUUGGAUAGUACCUCCUGCAAGGAAAUAUAACCACAGAGGAAAGAGGUUAGGGAAUGUCUUGGAGGUGGUAACUGGCUGGGGCAGGGGGUCACUAUUUAUUGGGUGUCCACCAGCAGUCUUACGGAUGCAGUGAUAUCUGAAGGCAGAUCCUAGAAAAAUGAAAAUAUCUGGGGGACAGAUAUCCUGGCAGAAGGGACAAAAGGCAUAGUUUUGAGAUAGAACUGCAUUUGAUUUGCAUGAAGAAGGGAAGGAGGCCCAGGUCCUGAACCUUAGGGCACAAUAUAGGGAGCUCUGGACAAGAAAAAGGAAGCAACAGAGAUCGAGAAAAAGCCAGCAAGAUAGAAAGAACAACCAGGGAGGCAGGUGCAGAGAAUGCGCUAGGAAGGAGGGAGUGGUUAGCUGUGAAAUGCUUUUGCCUGAUUGUUCAAGGAGGCCAGGGCUGCAGCAGUGACCUUGGUAAGAGUGGUAAUGAGGAAGGAUAGAAGCCUGGCAGGAAAGUGUUCAAGAAAGAGUAGGAGGAGAGGGUUUGGAGAGAAAUAGAGAUAAGUGUAUAGGGGAGUUUUAAUGUGAGGGUGUGCACAGAAAUAGAGGUGGUAACCAGAAGGGAAGGUGGGAGGAUGUUUUUCUCUAAGAAGUAACUGAACAUUUGUUCCUUCUAGAGAAUGGCAGAGUGGGAAAAAUGAGUGUGCAUGAAAUCAUGGAGAAUUACUGGGGGAAUGUCCUAGAGAAGGAAUGGAGGACGAGCAUCUGGUGGGUAUGGGGAGGUGGCCUUACAAGCAGGGACAGUUGAUUUUACGAGAGAAAGAGAAGGCAGCAAAUGAGGAAACUGAGGCUAGUAGGUGAGGAGGGAAGCCUUUGCUUCUAUUUCACCAGUGAAAUAGCAAAUGAGGUCUUGAGCUCAGUGCAGAUGGAGGAGGAGGUGUUGGAAAUUUGUAGAGAAAAGAGUCAUCAAAGAGCAUUCUUUUAAGAAGCUUUCUAGAGAGCUGUAUACUCUACAGGACUUUAUGUCUUCAUUCCUACAUGCCUUUUACUGUGCUUUGAUGCCCCUCCCCAUUAAAUGUAUCCUUUCACAUCAGUUUCUAAGGCAAAACUAACCAUUUCCUUGGUUGUACUCCACUUUGCAGUAACUUUCCUGUUGUCUCCCCUACUCUACUGAUGAACCCCUCAGGAGCAGAAACUAUUCAGUGACUGGGAUACUGCUUGGCACAAGGCAGAUUUGUAUCAAAUUAGAGCAAAGAAAGCAGUGCUUGAAAAUGAAAAUCUUAUGACAGCUUAUCUUAUAAACCACUGCAUUGCCUUCCCAUGCUAAAAGCAGUGCCUGGUACUUACUAAGUAAUUUCAAGAUGCCAGGGCGGUCCAGUGCAAAUUCAGGCUCAACUGGUUUCAUAUCCUUCAGUGGUAUUGAGUCUGCUCUCUCUUCCCUAAAAAACUUCCAGUCCUGUAUCAGCUCUGGAAUGGACACAGUUUCUAGUGUUGCUUUGGAUAUUGUGGAGACUCAGACUGAAGUGAGUAGUGAAUACAGUAUGGACAAGGCCAUGGUUGAAUUUGCUAUGAUGGAUCGGGAGCUAAACCAUUACAUUAAGGCUGUUCAAUCUGCAAUAAAUCAUGUAAAAGAAGAACGUCCAGAAAAUAUACCAGAUUUAAAAUUACUAGUGGAGAAGAAAUUUUUGGCUUUACAGAAUAAGAAUUCUGAUGCAGACUUUCAGAAGAAUGAAAAAUUUGUACAAUUUAAGCAACAGCUGAAAGAACUAAAGAAGCAAUGAACUGCCAGACUGUUGUCCAAAGCGACUACGUCCUAUUACAUUCCCACCAGCAAUGUAUGAGGGUUCCAAUUGCUCCACAUUCUCGUCAACACUUGUUAUUACUGUCUUCUUGAUUGUAGCCAUCCUAGUGGUCGUGAAGUAGUGUCUUGUGUUGAUUUGCAUUUCCCUGAUGAAUAUUGUAAUAUUUACCAGUCUAGGGCAACUGUUUCAACCUUAUACUUUAAUAAGGAAAUUGAAUUGACUAUCUAAAAGGAAACCAUAGAUGAAUACAAAAUGAAUAUCAUUUAUGGGUUUAGAGUUAUAUUUUUUAAAAAAGUAAAAUGACUUAAAGUUAAGAUUAUGUCCUUAUCUGGGAAAUGUGUUUUGCAUUGUGAAUUCAUUCACAGUGUUCUGGGCCUUUAUCUGAGUCAAUAUCAAGUACUAUUACAUGACAUUUACUGGCUAAUCCAGACAGCACUUUGGUUAAAUCCUCAGUGUGAUGUCACCCAGCAAACACUUGAAAAUGGAGAUGCAUGUCUCUUCUGGUUUUAUCAGUUGAGAUUAGAGGUGGUUCACAACACACUGAACUUUUUCUCCUCUGUGAUCCAUCAGUCUGUGUCUCACUGUGGGCCAAUUAUAUGUCACCUGAAACUGCUUAAAAUAGGCUGGGCUUUCUUGAGUGUCAUCUUGCUGGGAUGACAUCAGGUUUUGGCUGCAGAGGAGGAAAAGAACCUUUUUGACUGUUUGCCUUCCUUGUUUCCAGUAAAAACACUGCCAUUUUCAGCCCUCUGCUUCCACUUCUUAGUGGUUUUCUAGACCAGUUGUACUUACUGAUUGGAGCCCCUAGUCUGUGUGUUUGUGUUUCUGUUAAAGAGAAAAUGAGAGGGGCAUUGGAAGGUACCUUUCAGAGUUUUGCCGUCUUGAUUUCAUCAGCUACAGAUGUGGAAAAGAUGAGGAAAGAAAGUCCAUUUGAUAAGGAAAAGAUGAGCUGAAAUGCAUUCUUCAGAAAGAGUCUUAGGAUCCCUCAGAGUAACCUGGUCAUCUCUGACCCAUGGAGGGAGGCACGUGUAACUCGAAGCUCCCCAGUGGGCUCUGAGCUCUUGCCUUCAGUGAGCUCAGCACAGAGAAGGCUUGAGAAGGACAAAGAAGGAAAGGGGAGAGUGGAUUGUUCGUCCCUAUAUAACAUAUCAUCAUAUGCUCUGCCUCAUUUCUUCCUUCACUUUGAGUAUAGGCUUAUGUGGCUCCAUUGGGGGCUGGCUGGAAGGAAUCACUAAGUUUAUAUGCAAAGCUUGAGCUUUGUCUGCUCCAAAGUAAAGGGAAGCCACAGAUUUAUGUAUUGAUAAAGCUGAAUUUUUAUGUUUGUUUUUUAACUUCUGUGAAUUCUGUUUUGAGGAUUAUGUUAACUAAAACAUUUGGAUGAAACUUAACUAAUCAUGACCCAGUAGUAAUUAUUGCCUCUACUAAAGCUCCUGAGUGGCUGAAAAAUCCUGAGCCUUGUGCCUUCAGAACUAUUAAAGAAGAGCUAAAUGAUAUUCAUUGAUGUAUCAUUAGGAAUUAUAGUUUAUGUUUCUGUUUUCACAAAUUAUUAGCCCAAUAAUAAUAAU